GAUAGUGGCUCAGACGCUUUACCGGCUCACCUUGGCUAUCGUGUCAACUGGUGAGCAUACCUCCGCGUAAAUUCCCAACAUCCGCUUCUGACUGACAGCGGCGAGGAUUCCCCCCCUCAGGAGAGACUGGGGCUGCAUCCUCUGAAGCUGUUCAUGCCGGAUAAAGUUUAUGAGCAGCUUGGUAGAGGAGAGGAGACAAAGACCAAACUGCAUACCUUUCGAUAAACUUACUGGGAAGUCAGACUGUCGCCACCCGAAAUGGGCACCUUGCGCGACCUCCAGUACGCGCUCCAGGAGAAGAUCGAGGAGCUGCGUCAAAGGGACGCGCUUAUCGACGAGCUGGAGCUGGAGCUCGACCAGAAAGACGAGCUUAUACAGAGACUACAGACCGAGCUGGACAAAUACCGCUCAGUUAUCAAACCGGCGACCCAGCAGGUCGUCAAGCAGAGUGAGCUGCACGAACAGCAGCGCACGAAGAGGCAGGCAAUAUCGGCCGAACCCACCGCCUUCGACAUCCAGGAUCUUAGCCAUGUCACCCUACCUUUCAACCCCAAAAGCCCACAGUCUAAAGAUCUGAUCAAGGAGGCCAUCUUGGACAAUGAUUUCAUGAAGAACCUGGAGCUAUCGCAGAUCCAAGAGAUCGUGGACUGCAUGUACCCUGUGGACUAUGGGAAGGACAGCUGUAUCAUCAAGGAGGGCGAUGUGGGCUCGCUGGUCUACGUCAUGGAAGACGGGAAGGUGGAGGUGACGAAGGAGAGCAUGAAGCUCUGCACCAUGGGACCGGGGAAGGUGUUCGGAGAGCUGGCUAUUCUCUACAACUGCACCAGGACUGCCACGGUCAAAACUCUAACAAAUGUGAAGCUGUGGGCCAUCGACAGACAAUGUUUUCAGACCAUCAUGAUGAGGACGGGUCUCAUCAAGCACACAGAGUACAUGGAGUUUCUGAAAAGCGUUCCCACAUUCCACGACUUGCAGGAAGAUAUUCUGAGCAAGCUUGCUGAUAUCCUAGAGGAGACGCAUUAUGGAGAUGGAGAGUACAUCAUCAGACAGGGGGCCAGAGGAGACACCUUCUUCAUCAUCAGUAAGGGAAAGGUUAAUGUGACCAGGGAAGACGUGCCAAACGUAGAGCCUGUCUACCUGCGCAGCCUCGGAAAAGGAGACUGGUUCGGAGAGAAAGCAUUGCAAGGGGAGGAUGUCAGGACGGCCAACGUCAUUGCAGCAGAGGCAGUCACCUGUCUAGUCAUCGAUAGAGAUUCAUUCAAGCACCUGAUUGGAGGUUUGGAGGACGUGUCCAAUAAAGGCCACGAGGAUGCCGAUGCUAAAGCAAAGUAUGAAGCAGAGAAUGCGUUCUUCUUCAACCUCAACCUAGCUGACUUUAACAUCAUCGACACUCUGGGAGUCGGUGGCUUUGGUCGUGUUGAGCUGGUUCAGCUCAAGAGCGAUGAGAACAAAACCUUUGCCAUGAAGAUCCUGAAGAAGCGACACAUUGUCGACACAAGACAGCAGGAGCACAUUCGCUCAGAGAAACUCAUCAUGCAGGAGGCACAUUCUGACUUCAUUGUUAGACUCUAUAGGACGUUCAAGGACAGCAAGUACCUCUACAUGUUGAUGGAGGCUUGUUUAGGAGGAGAGCUGUGGACCAUUCUUCGAGACAGGGGUUCAUUUGAGGACUCAACCACCAGGUUUUACACAGCUUGUGUGGUGGAGGCCUUCGCCUACCUACAUUCCAAAGGAAUAAUCUACAGAGACCUCAAACCAGAGAACCUUAUUUUGGACCACAGAGGCUAUGCCAAACUGGUCGACUUUGGCUUUGCCAAGAAGAUUGGGUUUGGGAAGAAGACGUGGACCUUCUGUGGUACACCAGAGUAUGUAGCACCAGAGAUCAUUCUCAACAAAGGCCACGACAUCUCAGCUGACUACUGGUCGCUAGGCAUCCUCAUGUUUGAGCUCCUAACUGGCAGCCCUCCAUUCUCUGGCCCUGAUCCUAUGAAAACGUACAACAUCAUCCUGAGAGGCAUCGACAUGAUCGAAUUUCCAAAGAAAAUUACCAAAAAUGCUGCCAACUUAAUUAAAAAGCUAUGCAGGGAUAAUCCUUCAGAACGACUGGGAAACUUGAAAAAUGGUGUCAAAGACAUCCAGAAGCACAAAUGGUUUGAAGGCUUUAACUGGGAGGGCUUGAAGAAGGGGACAUUGACGCCUCCUAUCAUCCCUAACGUCACAUCAGCAGUUGACACAAGUAACUUCGACAACUUCCCAGAGGACAAUGAGGACCCACCCCCUGAUGACAACUCUGGCUGGGACGUUGAUUUUUGAAGUCCGCUUCUCAACUUAAAACCAAAAGAAACUCUUCUUUUGUUGGCUUGGAGGCCAUCUUGAGGAUACGGAUUGUGAUGUAAAAAACUGCUUUAAAAAGAAAGGAUUUGGAGAAGAAGAUAGACAGAUGGAUGGAAAACCCUCUGGGUCACCAAUAUGCCUUUAUUUCACUGUGGCUUUGGAUCAAGCAUUUAUAUUGGGACUGCUGUAGCACUUCCUCAGUGUUGUCUUACACCCUGCUCUGAAGGCAAAGACAAAGAAAGUGCAGGGAUACACACACACACACACACACACACACACACACACACACACACACACACACACACACACACACACACACACACACACACACACACACACACACACACACACACACACACACACACACACACACACACACACACACACACACACACACACACACACACACACACACACACACACAGGCUGAUAAUGGAGCCAGAUUUUCUCAUGUAACAGGGAUGAACAGUUCAACGGGUGGAUAAAUGUUCCAUAGUUUGUCUAAGUUUUGGUUCUAGGGUAAAUAAGAGUGAAAAAAUUUGGACUGCACAAAAAAGAGAGAACGCUGAUGAUUGAUUUUUUUUGUGUUGGUAUCUUUGCAAUAUUUGGUGAAAUGUUUGAUGGACAUUCGAAGGAUUUAGGAUGUUACUUCUUGACACGCAGCUGCUUGCUGCAAACUCCGAUAAUUUCCAGAGGUCUACACACUACAGUUUGCAAAUAAAACUGGUGUCUCAAGUGCUCAAGACUAACCUGAAUGUCACAUUUUCCUCUUAUUUGAAAUCCAUAAGGCAUACAGCACGUAGUAUUUGAUUUAAAAAGACACAAUCCACAACAAAAUAAAAUACUUUAUACAAGAUACCUUGAAAAGCACAAACUCUGUGCCUUCAGUGGAAAGACACGUGAAUCUUAAAAGUGCCCUGCUUAAAAUGUAAUGAAUCACACACCAACAAACAUGAAAUGUCAGCUAGUAUUUCCAUGAAGCAAUGUGUCAUUAUGCACUUAAGACUAUUAACUGAGAAAAUUAGCAGUUACAGCUCAUUUUAAGCUUGGGUAGAUGGUGCCACACUCCUUUUUUUCCUUUAAUAUGCUUUUAAUUUACACAUUUAAAUGCGUCUCUGCCUACCUACUUCUUAAUUUAGUUUUAAAAUCACCCAAAUGCCUCGUCCUCUUUUUGCCUCUGUAUAGUUCUGACAUAACUGUGAACAUGGUUUCAAUGUCUUUGGUGCUGUUAUUGAUACAUUAUAAUAAGCGAUGGUGAGGUGACAGUGCUGGUUUUGUAAAGUGAUUAUUUUGUGCCUGUUUUCUUUGUAACGUACUUGACUUUGUUCUUUUGGAAAAUUGGAGAUUUGUGUGGAAUUGUAAACUCGACAGAGGCUUUAUUUGAUAUCACUUGACACCAUGCUACAUUGUGAUAAGUGGUUUUCCUGAGUGCUUUUUCAAAAACAGGUUAAGUUAAAGCCUAAAUUAACCGAGGCGUUAACCAUAUUCACAUUAUCUUAAGACUAUCUUGACUUCAUCUAAUAGGUAUUUUUUUAAAGUCUCAUGGAGGCAGAAAAAAAGGAGGUUAUAUUGUGUGGAAGUCACAACUUCAACCUUUGGCGCCAUGAUCUCUCACCCAGCUCAUCAUCCCUCAUGUCCAAAGAUCAGAGCAAAUGUAAGUGCCUUAAACCAAUGGCAUACAAAUUAACAUCACCAGUCCUUUUCGAUGCUGCAUGAAAACAUUUACACCUCAAAAACGUCUGUGUCCUCUUAGAUGGCUGCUUCUCAUCAUUUGUCAUAUCUAAUAAAUACAUUAAUCACCAUGAAAAGAUCAUUUUUAGUCAUUUGAUGGCUGACAUGAACUUAAUUUCCUGCUUACCCCUUGUGGUAUAGCUCACAGGAACAUUCAUAAAAAGUUAGAUGAUAACAAUCUAUCAUACCUGAUACGUCUGCAAUGAAAUGCUUUUUCUCUACAUGUCUAAAAUAGGUCUUAUGAAGUAAACCACAGCUGGCCUGAGAUAAAGUGAAGUAUAAAUCCUAGAUAAGAGGGACAUCCAUCACCUGUUUCAGUCAUGAAAUGUGAGCAUGCAGCAAUGGCGUGAAUGAUUUGCAGUCUUGGAACAUUUCUCAGCUUGGUAAACAGUAUUACUCUUUACCACUGUUGACAAUAUUUGACGGUAUGAUAGCAUUGAUCAUAAUGUAUCAACAUUAUUCAAAUCAAACCACUGUUUCUCCCAUAUUAACUCAUAUUUCAUUCCAUGAAGCCAAACAGACCCACACAUUUAAAUUACAUAAAUCAUUGAGUGAAGACAUCUUAGAUCUGUGGGCAUACCAUGAGUAUUUUUUGUUGCUGUAUUAAGGGCGGGUCAUGUUUAUCACAAAGCCUUAUGUAUCCCAUCACUUCACAAACUACUGGUUUUGAGUCUUAUAUUGACCGCCUUCUGCAAUGUUACCUGAUAUUUGCCUUGUGUUAUGUUGUUUAUUCUGCUGUAAAUCAGUUUUGCAGAAUGCCACCUGUAAGAUUUUUAAAAUUAUAGAGUAAAAACAAUACUUUUGA